CACCGUUCACGAAAGGUGACACCGCUGUAACCGUACCCCCUGAGGCCCCGACUUUCUUGGAAUGCGCCUGCCAUAUCCCAAUAAUUAUCGCAGGUUAUUAAAUAAAACAACCUGGCCGUUACAUAUAAAGCAGAGGUUUGUUGUUGUUUUGAGGUCGACCGUGGGUUAAAAUAAAUCCUUGGUGAUCGUGAAAACACACAAGCCUGCUCCUCCCGUAAAUUCUAAUUUCUCCCCUCCCUCGCUCUCUCGCUCCCUCCUUUUCACCUCUUCACUCACCGUAUAAAUAUCUGCGAGGGGCACAGGGGAGAUCAGUGGAAGCGACCUGCUCGCAAGAGAGAAAGCCACUAAAAAGUCCAUUUUUGGAUUUACUCCUCAUUACUUCAUGAUGCUCCUUCUACUCUCAUUGUGUCUAUUGGGGUUCCUCGCCCAGCGGGGUGAAGCCCAAGACCGAGCCGCCCUCUGGAGGGGCAACGACCGAGCCGGGCGAUGCCAGUAUACCUUUACCGUGGCAAGCCCCUCUGAAGUCAGCUGCCCCCAAGCUGGAGGCCCUGAAAUGGAAGGCGUCAAGUCCAGACUCUCCCUGCUGGAGGCGAUGGUGUCCAGGCUGGCAGGAGGAGGAGCGGGGGCGUCCGCGCCCGACGCAGGUGCUGAGCUUAGGGAGGCGCUGAACAGGGCGGUGGGUGAGAGGAACCUGCUUCAAGGGGAGAAGGAGCGGCUGGAGAGGGAGCAAGAAGGACUUCGGAGGCGCCUGGAGGAAAUGCUGAGGGAAACUGAAAUGCUGAGGAGCAGACCGUGUCCCCCACAGACCCCAGCCGUGCCAGACACUGGAAUCAUGAGACCUGCAGGAGGUUCAAGCCCUGUGUCCCACCUGAUAGCACGUCCCAACAGGCAGGGUGACAGCAGCAGUUUGAGAGACUCGGUGUGGCAGCAGGGCUUCCAGGAGCUCAAGGCGGAGGUGACCGAAGUUCCCGCCCCUGAAGAAUAUACAGGGUGCGGCGUGUUGACGUCCGUAUCGGAGCCCGUCACUCACAGGAAAGCGGACAGCAUCGCUGGUAAAUACGGUGUCUGGAUGCAGGACCCUGAGCCCGUGGCCCCCUACGGGCCUGACAUGGUGUGGCGCAUCGACACCGUGGGCUCCGACGUCAGGCAGCUCUUCGGAUACGAAGACAUGGAGCAGCUCUCCAAGGGUUUCCCCUCAAAGGUGGUGUUGCUGCCAGAGCCCCUUGAGGGCACAGGUGCCGUCUUGUACCGAGGUUCGCUGUACUACCAGCGUCGCCGCAGCCGCACGCUGAUCCGCUUCGACCUGGCGUCUGAGCGCGUGGCGGCACGGCGCGACCUGCUUCACGCCGGCUUUCACGGCCAGUUCCCGUACUCAUGGGGCGGCUACACAGACAUCGAUCUGGCGGUGGACGAGCGUGGCCUGUGGGCCGUGUAUUCAACCAGCAAGGCCAAGGGCGCCGUGGUGCUGUCCCGCCUGGACCCGCACGACCUGCGCGUCACCAAGAGCUGGGAGACCAAUGUGCGCAAGAACGGAGUGGCCAACGCCUUCGUCAUCUGCGGCCGCCUCUACACCGUCGCCAGCUACUCGGCGGCCAACACUACCGUCAACUACAUGUACGACACCGACCGCAGCCGCGGCAGCGUCUUGGCCAUCCCCUUCCAGAACAAGUACCGCUACAACAGCAUGAUCGACUACAACCCCACGCAAAAGAAGCUCUUCGCGUGGGACAACUUCCACUUGGUCUCCUAUGACCUAAAGCUGGGGCGUCCCCCGGCGGCCUGAGGCCCCCACCAGGCCAAAAGUGACUCGACCGCUCUCGCUUUAAAGACUCAUAGCUUUGGUGAAGCUGCCAGUUAGCUUAAAGGCUACACAAAUCCACAGCUUUUUUUCUCUUUAUGUAUGUUGUAACUUAACAAGUUUGACGUUUAAACUUCAGAUUGUCUAUUUUUAUGGGAUAAAAUUUUUGUUUUAUUACUUUGUCAAAUUGAAGUCAUUGCAUGUCUUUGACAGUGAUGGUGGUCCAAUCUAUUUGGACUAGCUGAAUGGCAGCAAUCUUCCGCUGCCAGCAUCUCAUAUGAAUUGGAUGUCCAUUGCCGUCAAUGGCAACCAAUGAGUUAAGGAAGGAACUAUGUAAUCCUAAAUAAAAAUGUUAAAACUUUAGUACGAAGAGUUACAUGAUUUACAAAUGUUGACGAAACAAAGGUUUUACAAAAAUCCUGAGUUAUAAAGAGAAAAACGAAGUAAAAAUGGAAGACAAAACAUUUUUUCAUGAGAAUUUUCCCUGUUCCCAGUCCAAAAGAGUAUUUUUCAUUAAAAUUGUAAUGAAUCGGUAAAAACAAAAAUAGUGAUCCCUCGAUCCGAUCACGUAGUCGCUCACUAUCGCCGCUUUUCUUGGUCAGGCAGUGCACUGGCUUAUUAAAGUUAAUGAUGAUUGACAGACGUUAAGGUUUGAUCUUGCCAGACACGCAUGGAGGCCGAAACAAAGCGCCGCAUACGUCAAUCAUCGUUUAACUUGUUAAACAGUUGCUGUGGCAACUCGUAAGUGUGCAGCGUGAGCGGAUUAGAGUGGAUUCACUCAAUGAAGCGUUUAAUAAAGACAAGCAUUUUUCUACUUUAUUGUUUAAAAAUAAGUCGGUGGGACAGUAACAUGUUUAAAAUCUAUAAUUAUUACAUUUGAAGUGCUUAAAACAAUUUAUUAACCCAUGGUGGAAAACACUCAGGUGGUUCCGCGGAACCUCCGCUCUGAAACCCCCAAUUUGGCCAAAUUUCAAAAUUGUCCUAUAUGGAUGUGCGAUACAUCAUCGGAAAGCUUAAAACUUCAUUUCUGGGGGAAGAAAAUUUUUUAACAGGAGGGCAUUUUUAAAAGGAAAAAAAAAAACAAUUUAAACCCCUAAAACCUAACUCGAGGUGAGAGCAUGAGAUGGCAUAAUUAAGGACACUAUAAUUUUAACUAGAUAUUAUCGUGUACUUGCUUUGUUUCGAUCCAAAAACUCCGUGUAGCAUGUCUCACCGAGUGUCAAGACACCUCCGGAUUUUAUGGGUAAACACUAGAGAUGAUGCUGAUCGAUCAGGUCCGAUCACGUCAUUUUCAAAGUAUCGUAAUCGGCAAAAAAAUAUCGGACAUGCCUUUUUUAAAUAUUUAUAUAUUUUUUAAUUAAAUCAUUUUCUAAUUGUAUUUAACGUUACAGACAUAAUAUGUUACACUUAUCCAGAGUCUUUAGUUUAGGCUUAAGGUAGGGUUAUCAAAUUUAUACCGUUAAUUUUUUAAAAAAUUAUCACAAAAUAACGCAAUUAAUGCAUGCGCUGCACGACCCGCUCACGCAUUGUCGCAUUCAAUCUGUAAUGGCACCGCUUUACCUCUAUAUAGAGCCAAAAUGCAGCGUAAAAUGAGUAGAGUGAAUUUUGGCAGCCUUUGGAGCCUUUUUUUAAUUGGCUAACGCCUUACAAUCCCUCUCCCUACUAUUAGAAAUAUCGUGGGAAGCAAUGUGGGGAAGAAAGGUAGUAAUUGAUCUGGUUCUUAACACCCUAUGUUAUUUCCCGAAGCAGAGAAGAUAUAUCAAUUGGUACCACUACGCACAGUCAUGGUUGCACUUCCCAUCAUGCAUUUGGGCAUGGCUAUAGUAUCAUUUACUGAAAGCUCAACAAAUACACUAGAUGGCAAUAUUUAGUCACAAUAUACAAAGUCACAUUUAUCCUUUAAGAAAUACAAGUCUUUCUAUCCGUGGAGCCCUCUCACAGAAAGAAUGUUAAUAAUGUAAAUGCCUUCUUGAGGAUUUAUUGUCAUAAUAAAAUACAGUACUUACGUACUGU